AAUACCUCAGCAUACAGGUAUGGGAGAUUGACGGCCCAUUUUGAUGUUAUGUUUUUGUAAGUGUAAUCAUUCACAGUACACAUUAUAUUAGGGCUGCACAACACAUGAAUAAGUGGGCGAUGACACACUCAACCUGAUCACACUCUUACAUGCAAGGCAAGAUGGCAUGAAAAGUGGCAAACGGUGCCGCGACUCUUGAGUGAGGCGGUGAGGCUCAAGGACACCUGGACAGUCAAGCCCAAGGCCUUAUAGAUGAGCUCCUCAGCUUUUAUGUCAAAGACAGUUCAUUUUAAAAGUUGAUGGAAUCAUGAACUGUAAACACUGAACUUUGGAUCCUAUCCUGAGCAUUACAGUCCAAUGCCACGCUGUAGGCACUUGUGAGUCUUUAUAGAUUUUAAUAUGGACUUGUUUUACACAGAGAUGUUAAUGAUUUGUUCAAGUGAAAUAACUCAAAGUUAGCAGAAGAACUACAAUUACUGUAUAGGUGUUUUAGUUUGGUAUUGUCCAUGUAAGCAUUAAGUGGCUUUCAGGACUCGAUUAGAGAACAUCUGGUUCUCGCAGCCCAACAUUCUUCUGCAUUUUCGUCAUGCUGUGGCCUACUUACGUAUUUGCAUAAGUAUACACAGUGAGUACAAAUAAUCUCAAUUUGCCACCAUUUUAAAAAUGCAUUGUUAGGCCUGUGUGAUUUUUUUUUUAAAUACCAAAUUACGCUAUUACUACAAAUUCUUAUUCUUUGCCAUUAACCAAAUAUCUUGUUGUUUUUACCGUGCUCUUUGUGUGGUCAAUAUCAGGGGAUGUUGUUAAUAUUUGUCAAGUGGCAUGUGAAGUCCUUCGACAGUCAGCCAUUGAUGUAAGCCCAUAGUCAUACCGGUAAUUUAGAGGACAUGUUUAUUACCGUUUUAUUAUGCGCGGUUAUGUCAUUGUGGACUUUGUUGGGGUUUUUUUUACGUCACAUGUCCAUUGAGUCUGCACGUGCAUUCUGAGUCUGCGUUGUGGGCCAUGUUGUGUUGUCAAGUACAGUAUAUAAUCAUUAACUUCAGGUCCAUCCCCGGUUCAUUCCUGUGCUGUUUCUCCACAGCUCAGUUCACAUUGAUGAUGGCAUGCACGUGUGUGUCAAAUAGUCGCGAGAAUUUGUUUGAGGUUGUCCUCUCCUAAAUAGAGUGACGCAGCAAAGCAUCUGUGUUCCAUUAACAUGAAAAUAACCACAUGGAAGAACAUGGCUACAACAGAAAAGAAUGUGUACACCACCGCAACAUUUUGUUUCACUCAUUCUUGAAAAAAACAAAAAAAAUAAUCUUAGCCUGCGACAUGGAUUUUGAAAACAGAAAAAGUGUUUGGGCCAAACAGUCGACACUGCUCUCUUUCUCUCAUUUUUUUCUUUUCUUUGUUUGUAUUUACAGACUUUCCGUGGCCGUGAAGAACUGUCUCUUUGAACAGUUGAACUUUAGACACGUUUGUGAGUGGAGCAGUGUCUGUGGACUCUGGUGCUAGCUGGAUUCUCUCAACAAUGACUGCAGUGAUUUAGUGUUGUCCUUCACCCCAAAAGAGACUGAUGCUUGUGUGUAUGUCUUUGAAGACAACCAGGAGGAUAAUCAUCUGACCGAAUCGUUAUUCUUGUGAAUCUUUUCUUGUCGCUUUUCACGAUCACAAGUUUUGCCUUCAGUUUCAAAAGACUCAUGGCUCAAAGUCCCUCCUUCGUCAUAUCCUGCCAUUGUCAUCCUGUGGGCGGACAGGCAAGAGUGAGGAGCUCUUGAAGGGAGCCAGAGGGACCGAGGCAUCAAAAGUUGACCGGUCCGCUAAGAUUUGCCCGAGGGCAUCCCUGAGGACCAUGUGUGCCGCCGUCCUGGACGAGUACUGUGGUUCUGUCUUCUGGAAUUCUUCAUAUGUGGAGAGAGAAGAUCCAGAUCUGCCAGUAUGUUUGGAGCAGACAGUGCUGGUGUGGAUCCCAUUGGGCUUCCUGUGGCUGUGUGCCCCGUGGCACCUGCUGACUCUCUGCAGGAGAACAAAAGACACAGGAUGCCUGUCCAGACUCUAUACCUGCAAACAGGUUGUCGCUUCCCUGCUGUUCCUGACUGCCAUAGCAGGCCUGGCCAUCACAUUAGCGGAGGACUUUGGUCCGAACCAAGACGUGCCUAAAGCAGAAAGGAGUCCUACUGUGUACUAUACAAACCCCAUCAUUUAUGCUGUGUCAUGGGUCUUGGUCCUGCUGUGCCAAGAAGGGUUAAGACGAAGUGGAGCAAUAGAUUCUGCCACUCUUUUCAUUUUUUGGCUCCUCACGGCUUUCUGUGAUGUUUUCCCUCUGCAGACCGUCAUACGAGCGGCACUCAGACAGGGAGAAAUUGUUGACCUCCCCCGAUUCUGCCUUGUGUGUAUUUCAUUUGGCCUGGAAGUGAUAGCCCUCAUCCUCUCAGGUUUGGCAGACAUCUCUCCAGAUGCCAGGGAGGUUGUGAAAAAGAAUCCAGAGGCAGGUGCACCAUUUUUGAACAGAAUCACUUUCAACUGGUUUAAUAGUAUGGCGAUAAAAGGGUACCGGCAACCCCUGGUUCAAGAGGACAUGUGGGCCUUGAAUGAGGAGGACACUACGGGUUACAUCAGCCAGCACUUCCAGCACUUCAUGCAGACAGAGUUUGCCGCAGCUCGGCAGCGCUACCAGAAAAAGCUGGCCAAAAAACAAAACAAGCAACCCCAUAGUGAAACAUUUCAAAAUGGACUCUCCAGCGGCCUUGGGAAAGGCAUUAGUCAGGACGUGUUGAUGAUGGAGGAUAGAGUCAAGAAAGAAGAUGAAAAAGCAAAGAAAAGCAAGAAAAAGAAGGAAGAAGAAAACUAUCCCACCUCAUGGCUCAUACCCACCAUCUACAAGACAUUUAAAGGGAUUUUGCUUGAGUCGGCCUUCUUCAAACUUCUACAGGACCUUCUCUCUUUUGCCAGUCCUCAGCUGCUAAAGUUGAUGAUCACUUUCACUCAAGACAAAAGUAGUUAUACAUGGGAAGGUUAUCUAUACGCGGUGUUGCUUCUGGCGGUGGCCCUACUGCAGUCUCUCUUCCUGCAGCAGUAUUUCCAGCGCUGCUUCGUGCUGGGAAUGAAGGUCCGGACUGCUAUCAUGGCUGCCGUUUACAAAAAGGCACUGGUGGUGUCUAAUGACACUCGUAAAGAGUCCACGGUCGGCGAAACGGUGAACCUGAUGUCUGCCGAUGCCCAGCGCUUCAAUGACGUGACGAACUUCAUCCACCUGCUAUGGUCCUGCCCCCUGCAGAUCGCCCUGUCCAUUGUGUUCCUUUGGCAGGAGCUUGGACCUUCAGUGUUGGCUGGACUUUUGGUCAUGAUUCUUAUGGUGCCAAUUAAUGGACUGCUGGCCACCAAGGCUAGAAAAUUCCAGAUUGAGAACAUGAAAUUCAAAGACAAGAGACUGAAAAUCAUGAAUGAAAUACUCAACGGGAUGAAGAUUCUGAAGCUGUAUGCAUGGGAGCCAUCCUUCCAAGCGCAGGUUCAAGGAAUCAGAGGCCAAGAACUCAACGUCAUGAAGAAGUUUGCUUACCUCACCUCUGUCUCCACAUUCAUUUUCAGCUGUGCUCCAGCUCUGGUGUCUUUGGCCACCUUUGCUGUGUUUGUAGUCGCCAGCUCAGACAACGUGUUGACCGCUGAGAAGGCGUUCACUGCCAUCUCUCUCUUCAACAUCCUUCGAUUCCCUCUGGCCAUGCUGCCCAUGCUCAUCGCUGCUAUUGUGCAAACAACGGUGUCCAGAAAGCGUCUUGAAAAGUUUUUGGGAGGUGAAGACCUUGAAAGUGAUGUCGUGCGCCAUGACCCCAGCUUCGGUUCUGCUGUUAAUGUUUGCAAUGGUUCCUUUUCAUGGGAAAAAGAUGGCGAGCCCCAACUUAAAAAUGUCAAUUUGGACAUCAAACCGGGUCGGCUGGUCGCAGUCGUGGGAGCUGUUGGCUCGGGCAAGUCCUCUCUGAUGUCAUCCAUUCUGGGAGAAAUGCAUAGUAUCAAAGGCUUCAUUAACAUUCAGGGUUCACUUGCCUUUGUACCACAGCAAGCAUGGAUCCAAAAUGCCACUCUGAGGGAUAACAUCAUGUUUGGCUCUCCCCUUGAGGAGAAGCGAUAUCAAGAAGUCAUCCAGGCCUGUGCCCUGGCUCCGGAUCUGGAGCUUCUCCCUGGGAGUGACAUGACUGAGAUUGGAGAGAAAGGCAUCAACCUGUCAGGUGGUCAGAAACAGCGCGUGAGCUUGGCCAGGGCAGCGUACAGUCAGGCUGACAUUUAUCUGCUGGAUGACCCUUUGUCUGCUGUGGACUCUCACGUGGGGAAGCACCUUUUUGAAAAAGUGAUUGGACCUAAGGGAAUCCUUAGAGACAAGACACGUGUUCUAGUGACUCAUGGAGUGAGCUUCCUGCCUCAUGUGGAUGAAAUUGUAGUCCUGGUCGACGGAGUGGUUUCUGAGGUUGGAUCUUACAGCAGUCUGCGUGCUAGCAAAGGCGCCUUUUCCGAAUUUCUGGACACGUACGCCAAAGAGCAGAAUAAUAAAAAUACAGACAAGUCUGAGUCAGAGCAUGGCCACGGUGUUGCUGAUGAGGACCUGGUCCCAGAGGGAGAUGACACCCAACCUGACUCCCCAUUAGAAGACACUGUCACUGCAACUCUAAAAAGGGGGAACAGCAUCCGCCGCAGCCAGCGCAACAGCAGUUUCCGAGCAAGAAACGACUCCAAGAGGAAAUCUGGAAAUGUCGAAGAAAUAAACAAAGGCCAAAGGCUAAUCGAAAAGGAAGCUAUGGAAACAGGACAGGUAAAAUUUUCAGUCUACCUCCAGUACCUGCGGUCCAUGGGCUGGGGAUAUACUGCCGCAGUCUUCCUGGUGUACUUCAUCCAGAACAUUGCAUUCAUUGGCCAGAAUAUCUGGCUCAGUGACUGGACAAAUGAUGCAGCGGAGUACUACAACAUGACGUACCCUGCAGAAAAGAGAGACACCAGGGUGGGAGUCUUUGGCGCUCUUGGAGUGAUUCAGGGCUUAUUUGUGUUCCUUGGUACUCUUCUUCUCGCCAAUGCCUCCGUUGAAGCAUCUCGAAUCCUGCAUUCAAGGCUGCUCGACAACAUACUGCGCGCGCCAAUGCUUUUCUUUGACACCACGCCCAUUGGGAGGGUUGUCAACCGCUUUGCAAAGGAUAUAUUUACAAUAGAUGAGGCCAUCCCACAAUCCUUCCGCUCUUGGAUCUUGUGUCUGUUGGGGGUUCUGGGGACCCUUUUUGUUAUCUGCCUGGCCACUCCCUUCUUCACCAUUGUCAUCAUUCCCCUGGCGGUGAUUUACUUCUUUGUCCAGCGCUUCUAUGUUGCGACAUCAAGGCAGCUACGCCGGCUCGACUCAGUGUCUCGCUCUCCCAUUUAUUCCCACUUUGGCGAGACUGUGUCAGGCCUGUCUGUGAUAAGAGCGUACGGCCAUCAAGAAAGGUUCCUCCAGCACAAUGAAGCCACCAUGGAUGAAAACCUAAAGACCGUCUACCCGUGGAUAGUGUCAAACAGAUGGUUGGCAAUUCGUUUGGAGUUUGUAGGGAAUCUGGUGGUGUUUUUUGCUGCCCUGCUUGCGGUUAUUUCCAGAGAUAGUCUGGACAGCGGCAUGGUUGGCCUUUCCAUAUCCUACUCCCUUAACGUAACCCAAACCUUAAACUGGCUUGUUCGGAUGACGUCCGAGCUGGAGACCAAUAUUGUCGCUGUGGAGAGAGUGAGUGAAUACAGCAUCAUUGAAAAUGAGGCCCAGUGGGUAACUGACACUCGGCCAGCAAAGGAGUGGCCUGAUGCAGGAAGACUGCAGUUUGAAAACUACAAGGUCCGUUAUCGACCCGGUUUGGAUCUGGUGCUGCACGGCAUCUCCUGUGAUAUUAGCUCCACUGAGAAGAUUGGAAUUGUAGGCCGCACAGGAGCUGGGAAAUCCAGCUUGACCAACUGUUUGUUCCGAAUCAUCGAAGCUGCUGAUGGUCGUAUCCUCAUAGACGGUGUUGAUAUUUCCAAAAUAGGUCUACAUGACCUAAGAAACAACCUCACUAUCAUACCACAGGAUCCAGUGUUGUUUUCCGGAACCUUGAGAAUGAACCUGGAUCCCUUUGAUAGAUCCAGUGAUGAGGACCUCUGGAAAGUCCUGGAGCUCUCCCAUCUUAAGGAGUAUGUGGCAGGGCUGCCGGAGGGAUUGCAGCAUGAGGUUGCAGAAGGAGGAGAGAACCUGAGUGUUGGACAACGGCAGCUGCUGUGUCUGGCCCGCGCACUACUCAGGAAGUCACGCAUAUUAAUCCUGGAUGAGGCCACGGCGGCUGUGGACCUGGAGACGGACAACCUGAUCCAAACGACCAUCAGGAAAGAGUUUGCACACUGUACCGUUCUCACCAUCGCACACCGCCUGCACAGCAUCAUGGACAGUUCGAGGGUGAUGGUGCUCGAUGCUGGUAGGAUAGUGGAGUUUGAUUCGCCAAAUAAUCUCCUUGAAAAACAAGGUCAUUUCUAUGCAAUGGCAAAGGAUGCUGGGAUAACACAAGCGGAAAUUACAAGUCUUUGAUGUGAAUGUAUUUUAAAACAAGAUUGCUUAAAUUGGCUUUGAAGUUUCUUUUUUUAUUGUACUGUUGUACUGUGCAUUGACACUUUUGUAUUCAUCAUAAACACAAUCAUACAUGUAAAUAAUUCUAUAUACACUGUAUACAGAAAACAAAUAUGAAUAAAUGUGUUUUCUCAA